UCAGAGCAGUUAUUAAAAUGUUUGGAUACUAAAGGUUCCUUUAGCACAUGGGACUUCAGUAAAGAAAAUAAUAUUGACCAUCAAAAAAUUAUUGGUGUUGUUAAAAGCAUAUUGGCUUUGGGGAAUAUAAUUACUGCUGAUCCAGUGACAAGCAAAUAUUGGGAACUUACUGAUGAAGGAGAAUCGGUUUUAUUGAAUGGUAGUUAUGAAGUAAACCUGUAUAACGCUAUUCCGUCUGAUGGAAUACCUCAGAAGGAGAAGGAAUUAAUGUCGAUACCAAAUGCAAAAAUUGGAUUCAGCCAAGCAAUGUCGAAGGGUUGGAUAGUCAUUGAUCGAUCAUUGAAUAAAGUGAUGAAAAAAGUUGAUUCAGUCGUCGAUAAGGUUAAAAAUGAUUUGAUUGAACUAAAAGCAUCUCGUGAUCAAAUUUCUGAGUCUGACAAGUUGGAUUAUAAAAAACGAAAACUUAUUCGUGAAGUUGUUAUAAAGAGUUUCAUAAUAGGGAAGGGUCCAGAAUUUACAACUUCUAUUGUAAAACUAGAAACUGAAUUAACUACAGAAAUGAUAUUAUCUGGUUCAUGGAAAUCAACUCCAUUCAAGUCUUACAAUUUUGAAGCUUUAGGCCAACCUCAAUCAGCUGGUUGCUUACAUCCUUUAUUGAAAGUUCGCUCAGACUUUCGUCAAAUAUUUCUUGAAAUGGGUUUUACUGAAAUGCCAACCAAUAAUUUUGUUGAAAGUUCGUUUUGGAAUUUUGAUGCAUUAUUUCAACCUCAACAACAUCCAGCUAGAGACUCGCAUGAUACUUUUUUUUUGGAUGAUCCUCAAACUAGUGAAAACUUUCCUCAAGAAUAUUUAAACAAAGUAAAAACAGUACAUUCAAAAGGAGGCUAUGGUUCCCAAGGAUAUGGUUAUGAUUGGUCUUUAGAUGAAGCUAAGAAAAAUGUCUUGAGAACUCAUACAACUGCAGUAAGUGCUCGUAUGUUGUAUGGCUUAGCUAAAGAUUUCAAACCAACUAAGUACUUUAGUAUUGAUAGAGUAUUCCGAAAUGAGACUUUAGAUGCUACUCAUUUGGCAGAGUUUCAACAAGUAGAAGGAGUAAUAGCUGAUUACAAUUUAACAUUGGGAGAUCUAAUUGGAGUUCUUCACACAUUUUUCGAACGAUUAGGAAUGACUGAAAUCAAAUUUAAACCUGCUUAUAAUCCAUACACAGAACCUAGUAUGGAAAUAUUUUGUUAUCAUCAAGGACUAAAAAAAUGGAUUGAAAUUGGUAACUCAGGAAUGUUUCGUCCUGAAAUGCUAUUACCAAUGGGCUUACCAGAAAAAGUAAAUGUUAUAGCUUGGGGAUUAUCGUUAGAGAGACCAACUAUGAUUAAAUAUGGCAUAAACAAUAUUAGAGAUCUAGUUGGACCUAGGGUUAAUUUACAAAUGGUUCAAGAUAACCCUAUUUGUAGAUUAGAUAAAUAAAUUAUAUUGUAAACUUUUAUGAUGCUAUAAUAUAUAUGAUGUAUUUAAUUGAUACAAUA